AAAUAACCUUCUGCUCGCUUGUCGCUUUGGAGGUUUGGAUGUGCUUUGGGAACGGGAAUGUCUACCCUAGGCGAAGCUGGACUUUUUUGGUUUUACGCGAUGUCAUCUUAGAAUUGCAAUGAGGUCUUCGUGUGAUCUCGGUAUUCCAUCUAUUGUCACAACACACUGAACAGGAAUUUAGAGAAGAAAGAAUAAAUCAACUGUCACAUGGAAGACAGAUAAACAAAAAUAUAUUGUCAUUAGCUGUCAUUAUACUUGAAAAAGCUCACCGUGGUGUUCGAACGUACAGAAAUUAAAACAUAUACUCAAUAUCUGGUUUGAUUCUGCUAGACAAGUCCUACUGAAUGUACUAGUAAGUCGUGAUAAUUGACCAUAUCCGUAUCAAAUGGAGACAGCUACGUGGAGUGGAAGAACCGUUUUUCGCGCUGAGAGUGACAAUAUGGAAUAAUAUCGAUGUUCGACAAUCUGUCAAGUUACGUGCGAAUCGCUGCGUGGAUUAUCCAAGUGCAUCCAAGGUCAGUUGCAACCCAAGGAAAAUCGAAGCAAUCCAAGAAAAUUUGAUUAACCCAAGGAGAUCAGAGGGAUCUGUACCUGUGCAAAUUUCUAUCGCCAUUUAUACUCCAUCGUUAGCCUAUUGCUAGCAGAACUAUUUCUAAUAUUUUUCUAGGUCUUAUGGUUUUAUCUGGUGGUGGUGAUGCAAGCAAAUCUAAAGAAAUGCCGUGGAGAGCCAAGGAUUUUCAAUCAGGUUCAGAAAUAUUUAAAAAUACAUAAAUAUAUUGAAAUAAUUUACGAUUUUGGUGCUACCAACGCAGUGAAACUAUAUGAAUACUAUAGGUAUAGUAAAGCGACGAAUUUCAAAGCCAUUCACAAGAUGCAGUUGGCAUUGGACAGGUGCAUUAACAAAGGAUGGUAAUUACUUAAUUAUGACGCAAACUGAAUUGUAAACUGCGUCCAAUCGUCUUCAAUGCUCAGAAGUUUCUUUUUGGAAAAUCUAUUUAUG